CCAGCUGCUGUUAGCAUGUCGCUAGCUGUUGUCUGUGAUGACAGCAGGUGGGUGAUUUACAUUGUAUUGUUUUGACUUUCACAUCGACUCAGCAGCCAUAAAACUACUCGCAAAUAUCCCGCAAAUAUCCACCAACCGCCGUAAAAUAAUAAUCACCUUAUCUUAAAAAACAACAACAUUUGGAGUGAACAAAAAGACGGAAAUCCCGGCGCAGUCUGGAUUUAGCAGGUAGGACCACAUCCCACUGUCGCCAUGCUUUCGGCGGAGGAGAUUCUGUGCAGCACGCAGCAGGUCAUCGCCGGGCUGGAGUCGCUAAGAGGGGAGAAUCGCAGCUUGCUGGAUAGCCUGCAGGGGGACACAGAGAGCCCGAUGUCGACGGUUGAGGGUGGCAGCGUGGAGCAGGAGAAGAGCGGCAUCAUCCGUCAGUCGCUGGAGAGGAUCGAGCUGGGCCUCAGUGAGGCGCAGGUAAUGAUGGCGCUGUCGGCUCAUUUGGGUUCACUGGAGGCGGAGAAACAGAAACUGAGAGCUCAGGUGCGUCGCCUGUGCCAGGAGAACCAGUGGCUGAGGGACGAGCUGGCCGGCGCCCAGCAGCGUCUCCAGGACCGCGAGCAAGACGUGGUCACUCUGGAGGAGCAGAACCGACACCUGCAGUUCAUGUCCUCCAUACGCAAGUACGACCAGGAGGAGCCGCCGCUGGACAACAAGAACACAUCCUCCAACAAAGAAUCUCUUGACGACCUUUUUCCUGCCGAGGAUGAGGAGUCGUCACAAACGCCUCACCACAGCAGCGCAGCCGCCGCGGCCCAGCAGGGCGGCUACGAGAUUCCCGCCCGCCUCCGCACGCUCCACAACCUUGUCAUCCAGUACGCCUCGCAGGGCCGCUACGAGGUCGCCGUCCCCCUCUGCAAACAGGCUUUGGAGGAUUUGGAGAAGUCGUCCGGCCACACCCACCCUGAUGUCGCCACCAUGUUGAACAUCCUUGCGCUGGUGUACAGAGACCAAAACAAAUACAAAGAAGCCGCUAACCUGCUGAAUGAUGCGCUGGCCAUUAGGGAGAAAACAUUGGGAUUGGACCACCCUGCAGUGGCAGCCACCUUGAACAACCUGGCGGUGCUUUAUGGUAAACGAGGCAAAUACACGGAGGCGGAGCCACUGUGCAAACGAGCGCUGCAGAUCAGAGAGAAGGUUCUGGGCACAGACCAUCCCGACGUAGCCAAGCAGCUGAACAACUUGGCGCUGCUGUGUCAGAACCAGGGCAAGUACCAAGAAGUGGAGCAGUACUACGAGCGCGCUCUGCACAUCUACCAGAGUAGACUGGGCCCCGACGACGCCAACGUGGCCAAGACCAAAAACAACCUGGCAUCCUGUUACCUCAAGCAGGGAAAGUAUCGUCAGGCAGAAGCGCUGUACAAGGAGAUCCUCACCAGAGCACAUGAGAAGGAGUUUGGAUCUGUGGAAGGUGACGCCCGGCCGAGCUGGUCGGGCGGAGAUGAGGCCCAAUCCCACCAGGAGGGACCCCUGAGGCGCAGCGGCUCCUUCACCAAACUGCGAGAGUCCAUACGUCGAAGCAGUGAAAAGCUGGUCCGCAAGCUGAAGGGCGCCGGCAUGGAUGACGCCGCUCCAAGGAAUUCUGGAAUGAAACGCGCCAACUCGCUGAAUUUUCUCAACGUUGGAGGACAAAGUCAAGAUGGCGGCCAGUCGCGCUUGCUGACGGACCAUCGAGGACUGAGCUCCAGCACGCAGAGCCUCACCAGGAGAGGAUCACUUGGAACCACCUAACGUACACACACACACACACUGAGGCUCCAUUUAUAUUGACAUGAGUCAAAUAGUAUGUGGUUUGUUUCGGUAGCCUACAAACACAUGAUGGAUCUCAGAGCGCAGAUUUGUGAAAAACCACACUUUUCUCGUUUGAGACAAACUCUGAAUGUUCCAGAGAUUUCAUGGAGUGUGUGUGUGGCAUACAGAGUGGACCUGAGCAUUCUUACUUAAAAUCACAUUCCUGGUGAGGGCACAAUCAUUGGUUCGUCGUUACAAGUUCAAUUUAAACUUGCACUUCAGACGUUUUCACUUCUCGUCGUGUCACGGUACAGUUUUUCCAUAAGAGGGCGUUUAAAGAUGUGGACGGUCCUGUGAGAGACAAAUGUUUGCACAACCGACACUGGAUGAAAUGUUACAUUUGCUUCCCGAGUCCACGCGUGUAUGUCUUGCCUUUUUAAAAAUGAGGACUAUUUUCAUAUCUCAUUUAAGCUUGUUUACAUUUUGACAAUGUAACUCAUUCAUCUCAAGUUCUUAUUUGCGAUGGAUUGUAGAAGCUUUUUGCACUUUUAAUCUCAAAGCUGCAGCAAAUUGACGAUAGAGGCGUCCUCAAAUAUUUAAAAUAUAAUAUUUUGGAAGCUGACACUGCAGUGCGUGGGAAUAUAUAUUUAUAUAAUGACUACAUUUUUAGUCCACUAGAAGACUUUAGUUUCUCAUUUUGGACUUUUUCUACUCUGUAAAACAUGAUUGUAGGGUUUGUCCCAUCAAGAUAGCAUCAGUUGCCACAGAAACAGACAUGUAGAGAAUAUGAAUCUUUCUGCCGAGUAGUCAAUAUAAAUGCUUGUUUUCUAUUGUUGGUGGGGAAUGUAAAUAAAUGUCAACAACUUUCACUCA